GACUAUUAAAUCUGACUCCAGAUCAACCGAAGUUUUAAAAACGCGCACGAGCUCAUGAUUCAAUCGUUGCGCCGCGCGGUGCAUUCUGGUAGUAGUUGAAAGAUUCAAGAUGGCGGCGAGCAGGAGACUACACAAGGAGCUUGAAGAAAUCCGCAAAUCUGGAAUGAAAAACUUCCGUAACAUUCAAGUUGAUGAAUCAAACAUAUUGACAUGGCAAGGCCUCAUUGUUCCAGACAAUCCUCCAUAUGACAAAGGGGCAUUCAGGAUCGAGAUCAUCUUCCCUGCAGAGUACCCAUUCAAACCACCGAAGAUCACGUUCAAAACGAAGAUCUACCACCCCAACAUUGACGAGAAGGGACAGGUCUGCCUGCCUGUUAUUAGUGCAGAGAACUGGAAACCAGCCACCAAAACUGACCAAGUAAUUCAGUCGCUCAUUGCCCUGGUGAACGACCCACAGCCAGAACACCCUCUGAGGGCCGACCUAGCAGAAGAAUACUCAAAAGACCGUAAAAAAUUCUUUAAGAAUGCAGAAGAGUUUACAAAGAAACACGGCGAAAAGCGGCCAGUGGACUAACAAUACCAGACAAGUGUGUAGCCCCAGACCCCCCCUACUCCUCUGAUCCUCUUCCCCUCGCUCUACUACCUUCCUCCCAAUACCCAAUUGCCAUCCUCUAUCCCUCCCUCCCGCUUUCCCUCCUUCUCCUCUCCUUUCCACGUGUCACUCUAGUCAAGCUGGAGAAGUACUGCGCAGCUGCAGCCUCCGUCUUGAAGCAGGACACCGUGAGGACAUCCGAGUUUCUGGUGUUAGCUUGAGGCCCUUACUAACUUUUUACUAUGUUGUUUUUUUUUUUUUCUGAAGUUUGAAAGCAUAAAUUUGUUGUUAGAGGAUAACUUAAGAGAAAGAAGUUGGAAAUUGUACAGGGCGUUUCAGUUAUGAAUGCUGUUUGACCCUUUUGUAAUGAGAAAAUGAAUCAUUGCAUUAUUACACAAAACUUUCAGAAAUUACUUUUGGAAGUGACAGUUCAUUUAAAACCAGAUGGAUUGUAAUUUAUCAUGUAUAUUAUUAUUAUUAUUAUGUUGUUCCCUCUUCUUACAUGUGUGUUCUUUGAUUUCCACAAUACAAAACAAAACGGAGACAUUGAGGAGGAAUGGAGGUUAGCCAGCUGGAGGAUUUCAGCGAGGGCAAGCGAUUAUUUUUCAUAUAACCCUUUUACUUUCACUGCACUUGUUGGGUUGCACGGUAUGUCUGAGGAACAGGCUACUUUCAGCCCCUUUCCAAGCCUCGAAUCGGCAAAACCACUGUAGAGUCAGAAACAAAGGCUGAUAUUGCUAUGAAAUACUUUUGUUUCACAAAUGAAAAAGGAAGGAUGAAAACAAUGCUAUUUGUGUGAGUGAACGUAAUUUUCCAUGAUGAUGAUCACUCAUUUUAAACAUCUCUCUUUUAACGUGUUUCAUAGGAGAUUCUUGUAUAUUAUUGAUUAUUUGGGUUUAAACAGGGAAAUGGCCCCUAGAUUUACAGAGAUGUACGCUACUGAAGAAUAUUAUUCUUAUUUUCUCCCAACACAGAAUAAACGCAGUAGUUGACCGUGA